GUGAAGCAGGCAACCCGGAAGUAGACUAAAAGGGUUGGGGUGGUUCCAAAGCUUCAGAAUGGAUCUGGCUCCCAUCACUCACAGACCCAAUCGUGCUCUGGCAGGCUACCAACCAUGAGCAUGUGUGGUCAGGAACACAAGAGAAGUCAGGGACCCAGUGGACGGGAAGACACAAGAGAGGAGCAGGAUGAAAACAGAAACAGGGCAAGGAUGCAGUUAAGAUUUCCCAUGAAUUUCCAGCGCAUUGGUGGUAAUAUCCCUGGGCUGCUUCCGACUUUCAAAGACUUCAGUAUACUUCAACCCAUCCGCCUGGAGUCGUGGGUCUUCAAAGGCUUGUUUGGUUUUGAUCAUGCACUAAUGCCACUCUUUGAGAUGACCUACAAGGUUUUGAUAGUAGUUGGGUUGGAAGAGCAUGGCAUGGCCCUGUAUGUUUAUGGGAUGAGAAUGGACAGAAUUGUUGUGCUGUAUCUCAUUGUGUCACUGGCUUGCGAUCUCCGGAUGAAACGAAAUCGAGCCAGAGCCUGGGCCAGAGGCCUGCAAAGCCCUGUGCGGUGGUCCUUGAGGAGAUACUUUAUUUAAGGUGGAGGACUGUGCGGCAUCCAUUGUUCAGAAGACAUGCUUGGCCAUGACUUCAGCAUGGGGACAGGAGCCUCGCUGUGGAAACGCCUGCGCCUGGAGACUGGGACGCCAAGCUCCAGAUCUGUUUGUGCCAUGACAGGUGGGAGGGGUGGGUGUUUCCAGUCUUCUGAACUAUAUCCUGGUUUUAUUAUUGCAAUGUUCCACUUUUAAAUGAAAUUUUAUUAAUUUUUAAUGGUUUUAUAAUAAAUAAAAGGUGCAGCUGUGAAA